AUGACUGGUGGUAUUGAUACUGGUAGUACUUCUCAGACUUUAAUUGGAAAAUUAGAUAUAGGUGAUCCAUUAUAUCUGCAUCCAAGUGAUUCAAGUGCAUUGACAAUUGUUAAUAUCAAACUAAAAGGAACAGAAAAUUAUUCUGUAUGGUCUAGUCCUAUGAAACUGGCUUUAGAAGCAAAAAACAAAUAUGGUUUUAUUGAUGGAAAACGUGUUAGGUCUGAGAGUGACUCUGUGUUAGCUAGUCAGUGGGACAGGUGUAAUUCAGUGGUACUUACUUGGUUAUUAAACUCUAUAUCUGAGGAACUUUUCUUAGGACAAGUGUCUUCUAAGCUAGCUUCAGAGGUCUGGACUGAUCUUAAAGAGUCAUUUUAUAGGGUUGAUGGUUCUAUUAAACAAUUUGAUGCUAUGUUGCAUCUUCCUACAUGCUCUUGUCAAGCUGCAAAAGAUUUUAACGAUUUUUCAACUUUAAUAAAAUUAAUGCAGUUUUUAAUGGGACUGGAUGAUGUUUAUCAGUCAGUCAGAACAAAUCUAUUAACAAGAGAACCAUUACCCUCUGUUAAAGUGGCUUUCUCUGUUGUUUCAAGGGAAGAGUCACAUAGAAUGUCUAGUACUGGGUCAAAGACUCAGAAUGUGGCAUUUGUGUCUAGACCAAAUCAAUCUUUUGAUCAAAAGAAAAGAUUUAAUAAAGGCUCUAAUUCAAAUCUAAAAUGCACACAUUGUAAUAUGUUGGGACAUACUGUGGAUAGAUGUUUUGAGAUUAUAGGUUAUCCAUCUGGGUUUAAAAAAAGAAGUAAUAAUAACAAUCAGUCUGGUAAAUCUAAUGUGGCUAGUGGUAAUAAAAGUAAUGCUGUUAAUAAUGUUUCUUCAUCUGUGGGUAGUUCUGGAUUUCCUUUCACCUCUGAACAGAUUGCAAAACUAUUAAGUUUAGUUGGAGAAAAAAGUGUGUCAGAUUCUCAGAAUCCGAAUGUAGGAGGGGCUAGUCAACAUAUGGUUAAAACAGACAAAGAUUUAAUAAAUAGUGUUGAUGUUUCAGAGUUUAACAUAACUGUUAGUCAUCCUAAUGGCACUAAUGUUAAGGUCUUAAAAAUUGGAGAUUUAAAAUUAACAAAUGAGUUAAUAUUAAAAGAUGUCUUCUAUGUUCCAGGGUAUAGUGAUUCCAGUUCAAAGAAAAUCCUGAUGAGUGGUAGUCAAAAUUGUGGCCUGUAUUUUGUAGGCAAUUCUGGUAAUCUGUUUAAUGCUUGUUUUAAUAGUUCUGUUCAGUCUUUUACUUGGCAUAGUAGGUUAGGACAUCCUUCUGAUCAGGUGUUAGCAGUAUUAAAACAAAGUCUUAAAAUUCAUUCAAGUGAACAUGGUCCAUGUGAUAUUUGUCAUAGGGCUAAACAAGUUAGGGUUCCUUUUCCUUUAAGUGAACACAAGUCAAGGGCUGUAGGAGAUCUUAUACACUUAGAUGUAUGGGGUCCUUAUAGAGUGUUUUAUGAACUUGUGUUAACUCAGUUUAAAAAGAAAGUUAAAAUCAUUCGAAGUGAUAAUGGAACAGAGUUUGUAAACAGUCAAAUGAAUAGUUUCUUUAAAACCAAAGUUUCUAACAUACCCGAUGAUGAAGAGGGUACAAAUGGUGCUCAAGAUCCUAUUAGUGAUGAUCAACAACCAUUGUCUCCCUCUACAUCAGCCCCUGUAUCAGGUGCUGAGAUGACUCUGCAAACUGAACAGGAGGGCAGUAGUGGACAGGAUGCAAAUGAGAGGGCAGAGGACACUAUAGGGUCAAAUGUUGAGACCAACCAAUCUGAGGGUAAUACUAGUGUUAGAAAAUCUUCCAGAAAUACUGUUUUACCUAGAAAAUUUGGUGAUUUUGUUGUUGAGGGUAAAGUUAAAUAUGGAGUUGAAAAAGUUGUUAAUUAUGCAAACUUGUCUUAA